AUGCAGUACAAGAACCCCUGCUUCUUUGCCUUGAUGGAUUUAGAUGAUGAUGGGAGGUUAAAGAAUGUCUUUUGGGCAGAUCCACGCAGUAGGGCAGCUUAUCAAGAUUUUGGUGAUGUGAUAACAUUUGACACCACGUACUUGACAAACAAAUACGGGAUGCCCUUUGCUCCCUUUGUUGGUGUAAACCAUCAUGGGCAGUCGAUUCUCUUAGGAGCAGGGUUAAUUUCCAGUGAGGACACAGAGACAUUUACAUGGAAAGUUCAGCAGCAAGUUAUGGGUGUGCUCGAUAUAGAUCCAUCUUUACUUAGACGGGAUGGUUUGAAGAAGACCUACCUAGUAGAAGAUGAAAUUUGUGUUGAGGAGUUCACGAAACAUAUUACAUAUUAUGUGGACUUUAAUGAGGAAGAUUGCGAUGUUAAGUGCUCAUGUGGGUUAUUUCAAAUGAAGGGGAUACUGUGUAGGCAUGUAUUGACCAUAUUGAAAUGUAACGGAAUAAAGUAUUUGCCAGAUAGGUACAUUUUAAAUCGAUGGAGGAAGGACAUCAAACGGAGAUACACAUUAAUCCAGAGUAACUAUGACACAAGAAAUCAACGGGAAGAUACUAACAGAUAUUCAAGUCUGUUGAAUAUUUGUUAUCGAAUGAUUACUCAUGCAGCGGGAUCAAAAGAGCAUACUAAAGAUACAACUAAGAAAUUAUAUGCAAUGAUUGAUUUAUAUCAUGGCAACCAAGAACCCCCAAAAAUGACCCAAACGGAUUCUAAUGUUGGUUUAACGACAAAGGAUACAACUACAAUUGGUAGUUCGCAGCAAGUACUCAAUCCACGAGUUGUGCGCGGAAAAGGCAGACCCUCAUCUCUAAGAAGAGCAUCCAGGAUGGAGCAAGAAAUGCGAAAGGUUAAAGCGAGGACAAAGAAAGCAAAUGCAAAGGAAAAACGUAAAGAGGUUUGA